AGCGUGUUUUGUAUUACAUAUAAAAGAUAUUUAAUUUUGUAUCGUUAUUCCAUACCGUUCAGAUAAACUUUCAAACGUUUUUCUGUAUACAACCAAAUAAUCAAACGUUAAGCGUAACUUUGAAUACCAAUAUGAGUAAAGGAAAAAUACGUUUUGUGUUUAGCGUCUUAAUCGUAAUAGUGACAAUGGGCAUUUCAUCUGCGUCUCUGACAAAAAGUAAUGGAACAGCCGCGGAAGACAUUAACGGCAAAAUGUUGUUGAAGUUGGGAAGAACGCUGGGUAAGCCAAUCAUAACACUGUUAGGGAUGGCAAUACGGAACCUAGAACAUUUCCGAAGCCCUUGUUAUGACUGGACACAGUGGUCAAGAUGUGGCGCAAUUAGGGGAGGGUACAUAGCUACACGGAGACGAACGAGAAAGUGUGGCAGAUAUAAAUCAAGGGAUAAGUUGACGACUGAAACAGACAUCGGCAUAUGUGAGGGAUUUUGUCCCAAUGACUAUAACGUGACUGCAAACGGAUUCUGUGUGAAACUGUAUGAUGAAGUGACAACGUUUGAUCUUGCGGAAAAGCAGUGUCAGGCAGACGGUGGUCACGUGAUCAACAUUGAAUCAGAGUUGAAAUAUGGUGAUGUAAAGAAAUUAAUGCAGGGAUUUCAGAGAUUUGUUUAUAUUGAUGGUCGGCGCAAGGACACAAGUUCAAAAUGGUUAACCGUUAAUGGUUCUCAGAAAGAGUUUUUCAAGUGGGCACCAGGAGAACCAGACAAUGUUCCUUGUAUUAAGAUGAGUUACUACACUUCAUAUUGGCAUGAUUGUGAGUGCUCGUGUGGUGAGGCUUUUAUUUGUGAAAUAUAACAUUGAAAUUUAUUUGAAAGGCAAGAUUUCUUAUAUCUUAUUGACUGUCAAGUGUGAAAACAAAUGAUUGAUUAAGGUAUAAUCAUUUAAAUGUACUACAUCCGCUUUGAAGUGUUUUCAAAUGUGCUAAAAUUAUUAUAAACUGCAUGCAAACUGAGGAUCGAGUGUUCAAGACCAAAAACAUGGUUCUGUCUUUCCAUUUUAAAUAUUAUCUAUGUAUCUUUCUUAUCCCAUUUUGAAACAAAAAUUAAUAACAAAUAUGGUACUUGACAAUGAAAUAAAAACUAAACGAUAACAUUAUUAAAUAUUUAACUAAAUCAGUCAAUAUACAUUUGAGAAUAAAUCUAAACAAUAUUUAAAAACAGGUUCAUUCUCAUUUUGGUAAACUUUUUGUUUUUCUGUAGGAAAAUGGUCAACAUAAGUGUUUAAAACAUUUUUAAGCAUACUUCAGAUAAUUUGAGUACAAAUAUAACCAUUUUGUGAAUUGUUUUAACCAUAGUCAACAGAAAAAAACAUUUGAGAUAAGAACGAUACGUGUCUGAUUGAUUUUCUUUAGAGUUUUCUCAUUUCAGAAAAAAAGGCACUUCAAAUAUUCAGGUUUUAAUUCAGAAAGGUAUUCAUAACCCGUUAACCGUACAGUCAAUUCUGUUAAAACUUUCCAGGCAGACCUCCUAUAAAGCAUAACACUGAUCAAUGUUGCUGUCAAUUAUUUAGUUCUUUACAGUGCCGAUUGUGACGGGGGUAUUAGUAUAUUGAACACCAUAAUAUUGAUCUUUAAAUGUUUGGAUUAUAUUUAUGUACAUAUGUAUUCUAUAUGUCUGCUCUCGAGGUAGUAGAAAAAACAAAUACAUGUAUGUAAAGCAAAUAUACGCUAUAUAAUAAUAAUGAUUUAAAUGUGACAUAUGAUAUGCUCUGUUGUAUAUGUUUAUACAUAGCAAAAACAGGCGUGAUAAUGACAUGUUAUUGGAAUGUUUUCAUUCUGUCAAUACUACACACAAUAUGUAUAUAAAUAUUCAAUUUAUCUCUUGCGAACAUGAUUUUAUUGCACACGUAAAUUGGAUGCAAUGUACAUGUAUAUACAUUGUGUACAGUUUUAUAAAUGAACAAUAAAUGAUGUUACGCAAAUGGAUUUUAUGAAAUGAGGUAGUUAAAUAAAAGAUAUUGUAAAAAAAUUCUUUUUAAUCUUUAAUUGUUAUUUUCAGCGCAAAAUGUAAACAAAUUUAUGAUACAGAAAAGAUGUUUGUUUGUGUUGAGUUAAUAUUAUAUGUAUCUCAUUAAGAAAUUAAAAAAACCAAAAAACAAAACACUAUUAUUAGAGCACGAAGCGUCCUCGAAUGAAAUCAUCAAUGAAAAUUUCAUUUUGAAGUGGAAUAAUUCCACUUUGAAUUGACACAACUCAACUGCUUUAAAGUUGACGUCUUAUUGCUCAGUUUGUGUCAAAGCUAAUUAUAUAUUACCCAAAUGUCGUUGGAAAAUAUAUCAUGAAAUCAUAAUGAUUAAAAUCUGAACAUCUUGGGAGUUAUACAAUGUGUUAUCUAAUGUGUAAUAGAUACGCCAUUUUGAGGUAUUCUUUUACACAGUCUUAACUUACAAUUCUACGAAAAAUGUAAUAAUAUUUUUAUAUUAAUUGUUAUAACAUGUAGAUAUGGCAUGAUAAACAUUAUAAUAUUUUUCAUAUAAAUAGUUAUAACAUGACGAUAUGGCAUGAUAAACUUUGCAAAAUUCAAUAAUUCAUUUUUUUUCGAUAUUCAAUAUUUAUUUUGUAUAGUUUUAAUAUAAUAUUCUAUACAGUAAGCAAAUAUUUAUUUAAUACUUCGAAAAAUUUGUUCAUAGAAAAAAGUAUCGGUGUGCAAUAAUGUUCCAUUUAUUUUGAAAAAAACAUUAUAUAUGCAUUCUUUAUUUCUAAAAAUACAUUGUAUAAUCGAAAUGGCUGCGUCAAUGAAGGGUAUAUGGAAAAGGAGAAAGCGUGUAGCCCCGCUUAUAAAUAUUUGUCAGUAAACAAUUAAUAUUCUAAUUAUACAAUAUAUAUUUUUAAAUAGAGAACAUACAUGUAGACAAUCACACAUAAAUAUGCUAUGAUUUGUUUUAGCUUGUAGGGUGCAUUAAGUGACAAAUAUUUGACAUCAUGGAAACAA